UGUGGGAAGGGAUUAGUGGAAUGGUAAAAAAGACCGCGCAAGGGGGGGAUACAGGGGUAGCAACUUUGCGAGGUGUGAACGGUGGACUAGUCAGCAGUGGGAAGAGAAAAAGGGAAGUUCUAGCAGGACAGUACAAGAGACUUGGAGUGCCUUCGGAGAGUGAAGCUUUUGACCCAGUGUUAAAGAAGGAGGUGGACGCAUGGACCCAGAAAGAAGAAGAGACAUCGAAGGCAGACGUUGGGAACGUAGAACUAGAAAAGGAGUUCACUGAGGACGAGGUUGAGGCGUGUGUGAACAAGCUGAAGUGCCACAAAGCAGCAGGAGCGGAUGGGAUAGUCAACGAGUUCAUGAAGUUUGGGGGGAAGGGGAUGAUCCGGCUGAUGGUACUGCCGUACAAUUGGGUGUGGAAAAAUGAGUAUGNGUGUGUGAACAAGCUGAAGUGCCACAAGGCAGCAGGAGCGGAUGGGAUAGACAACGAGUUCAUGAAGUUUGGGGGGAAGGGGAUGAUCCAGCUGAUGGUACUGCUAUACAAUUGGGUGUGGAAAAACGAGUAUACGCCAAGUAGAUGGAGGGAAGGAGUGGUUGUGAACCUGUUUAAGAAAGGAGACAAGACUGACCCAGGAAACUACAGGGGGAUCACACUGUUGAACACAGUAGGAAAAGUGUUCUGUAAGCUGCUGAACGAUAGGAUAGUGGGAGUAUUGGAGAAGGAACAUAGCAUUAGUGAGGGCCAGGCAGGUUUCCGAAAGACGAGGGGGUGCGUAGACCACGUAUUCACGGUAGGGAGAAUAAUCCAAAGUAGGAAGAGGGCGGGAAAGCCGACAUACUGCUUAUUCCUGGACGUGAAAAAGGCAUCCGAUACCGUAUGGAGAAAUGGGCUUUGGAAACAAUGUCCAAGUACGGGAUCCAGGGGGAAAUGUGGAGAGUGUUGAAGAAGAGGACAGAGUGUACGAAAAGCGCGGUCAUGCUAGACGGAG